UGCUGGUAUUUUGCUGUCACUCUUUAUAAUGUUAAUUUCUUACCCAUUUACUUUCGCAAGUUGUCAGUAUGCUACACAGGUUUUCAGGCGAGAUCUAACUUCACAGAAAUAAAGAAUUUAAGAAAUUGAUGAAACGCAAUCAUGGAUUGUCUAACUAGCUCGACCUGCAACCUUGCGAUUAGUGAAAUAGUUCAAAAAAAGUCCUAUGAAAUAGAUGACGACGAGGCCGAUAUAGUUUUGAAAACCAGUGAUGGCCUACUUAAAGCACACAAAUCGGUUGUUAGGAGUUGUCCGUACCUUGCUGCCAUUAUAGAUGGUAGCUGGAUUGAAAGUCAAUCCUCAGUCAUUACUCUGGACAUAUUCUCAUUCAAAUCUGUGAAAUUUGUUGUUGAACACAUGUACAAGCCCAAACAGUCAAUUGACACCAAUCAUGACAUAGGGGAACUUAUCACAUUGGUAGAUAUGCUUGGCCUUCAGUCUCUUCAAGAAUUGAUCAGUUCUACCAUGGUUGUUACAGUCUGUCACAAUUUUCACAAGCCAUGUAAAGAUUGUAUUGAAGGUGUCAUGAGCACACUGCAGCUUGACAGAAUUUACUAUUUAGCAGAAGUGAGAACCAAAUGUUUGAAUUGGAUAACAAAACAUUUUUUUGAAUCUUGGAAUUCAAGACCUUUCUCUUGCCUUCCAGAACCACUUCAACAAAGUUGUCUUAAAUCCCUUGAAAAUUCUAUGAAUAUUGAAAAUAUCAUUGACUUAACUCUAAAAACUCAACAACUACAGCAAAUUCUCCCUUCAGUAAAAUGGGCAGAACCAGUUAAGAUGUUGGUAAAAAGUCUCACAACAUCUUGCAUGACAUUCAUGCAGCAACAUUUUCGUGAUACUCUUCAUUCAGCCAAAUUUAAAUCUUUGUGCCAAAUCGAUACCUGGAGUCUGGGUAGCGUGGAAGCUAUCAUCUUUCAAGCUGCCUGUAACUUACCUGUUGAUCAAGCUUGCUUGUCUUAUCUAGCUCUUGAAAAAAUUACUGAUGAACUUCUCAAGCUUGGUGAAGAUCAGCAACCUCUGGAUCCUAUUUAUGUUGACUUCAUCCAGAGACUUUUUAAAGCAGUAGAAAACCGUCUGAUUCAACGAGUAGGCAUGGCAACGAAAUGCUCUGCGUGGGAUGCCAUACCAAAAACUAAGCAGAUCAGCAUAAUGCAAAUGGGAUUCUUUGAUCCCCUUGAUAGUUAUCCAAAGAAUUCUUCGGACAGGCCUAAUCCAAGACAUAGUUUAAGGAGAAAUCAUUCUUUAAACGCUGCCACUGCAAGUGGUGACGUGUCGUCCAAAAGCCGUGCUCCCAAUGCUGGUCUGAAUACUGGAGCCUUACAACGUACUACUUUACGGGCUACUAUACAUGGAGGGAGAAACCCAAUUAGCCCAACAGCUGCCGCUAGAACAACAGGAACUCCGCGUUCCUCAGGAAUAUCCAAUGUUCAGUCGUCCAACCGAGGAGUGCCAGAAACCUUACGGCCUAACUCUGUGCGGACAACUAACGCAAGUGCUUCUCGAUCGAAUACGAGUCGACUUAAUAGCAAUCUAGUUGGUACCUCUUGUCAACGGUCGGUAAAUCCCACUGUUUCCCGUACACCAAAAACUCGCUAGAUCGUUACGGCUCUUCAUAUUAGUGGUGUGGCUGGCAUACCAAUCGUUUUCAAACAAACCCGUACAAUUUGAUUCGCAGAUGCUCAAAUUUUUCUUGUUCUUUGGUUCAGUCAUUAGAUUUUUUUCUUUUUCGUUCUAAGAUUGAUAUUAUUUGUUUCACUUGUCUUGUCUUCUGGUUAUCAAGACAAUUCGGUUGUAGUCGUGUAUGCCUAGUCAUGUAUUGCGAAUUUAGUCUCUUUUUACACACGAAAAGCGUCUAAUAUAGUCCACCCACCAAUUUUUUAUAUUAAUUUUAACGAUCGCAUUGCUUUAUAACCAAAUGAAUUUCCAUGGUACACGAACACUUUGGGAUUCAAAUUUAUUUCAUACAUUUUAAAAAAAUUUUAUAUUCGUAUCCAAAUGCGCCGAUUAAUGAAAGGAAACAAAUACAUUUAACGGCUGAA